AUGGACGACAAGACCUUGUCUUUAAUCAUCCAUGGAUGCAAUUUAGCCAAGGACCUUGAGUCAAAUCUUCCAACCUUAUCAAACCAACCCAGUCUCCUCAUUAACUCUUGUGAGGAAAUCAUGAACGUCUUCAAAAGCGCAACCGGUCGACUGCGCAGUCACAAUAACCCAUCUUCCAAUUCCCAGACAACCUUCAACCGGGAGCCUCAGCCUUCUGCAAUUGAUGCAGCUGUGCAGGAAUUGAUCGGGACUGGUUACACACAAGCCAUGGAUCUCCUCCAGGCUCAAUUGUUGGCUGAUCAUGACAGAAAACCGUUUGACGCGCUUGUGUUUCCCGGUAGUAGGACCACCACCACGACGGAGAUGUCCGGAUUGGGCCUGGAGAUUCCGGUGGCUACCUCUGGCGUAAACGUCAUUGGAUUAGGUGCAACACAUACAGACGGAGCAGAGGGUUCCUCACUGUCGAAAAGCGGCGGAGAGUUUCAGCUGGUGCCGGAGGGGUCGAACUCUGGAAAGAGUCGAGCGGUGCAAAGAUCACGAAAGAGGAAGGAUGGAUCGGAGACAAAAUACGAAGCUGCACCUCUUAUGGGAAAUACGGAGAUUCCACCUGAUGACGGUUACACAUGGAGAAAGUAUGGACAGAAAGAAAUACUCGGUUCAAAGUUUCCGAGGAGCUACUACAGGUGCACCCACAAGAACUUCUACGGGUGCGAUGCAAAGAAGCAAGUUCAACGAUUGGACGACGACCCGAAAACCUUCGAGAUCAUCUACUAUGGCGUCCAUACAUGUCACAUGUCAUCCACCGCUCCAUCUGCGCGGCCUUCGGCUGACAUCGACCGAGAGGUGCUUGAAUCAACUAAACCAUCACCUUCUUCUUCACUUUCAAUUCCUCUAAGUAGAUGGCUUUCUAUGGAUCUCGAGGAAACGACCAGCGGAAAAGGCACUAACAUCCCUAUGGAUUUGCAGGUGACAACAAUGUAUAGGGACUUUGACAUGGGUAGUUCCGGUGCAGUUGUGCCGGACGGCCAACAUGCGGCGCCGGAGUGUCCAGUGGUGGAUCUUGCCGAUGCCAUGUUCAAUUCUCGGACCUUUAGCAAUAUCUUGGAUUUCAUCUUCCCUUCCAUCGACGAGAAUUAA